AUGAAUAGGCCAUGCACAACACAGUACGAUGACUCCGAUAAGGUUCUUAGCAGCGCCAUCUCUCGGGAAUCAGUCCUCUCUUCCAUGUUGGGGACUCUGACCGUCAUCGAGGGGCUGGGACCAACGACAACCACUGCAACUGGGCCCGCCCCCACGAGCGGCGGCAACCCUGAGCGCAUCACCCUUUAUUACUACCACACUAACGUAGAUGGGGAAGCUCAAUGGGAGAUCUAUGAGGGUGCAGGUAGUGGUAGAGGAUGUCCUGAGACACAAACUACCGACUUUGUGAAGAAAGACGGGUCCUUUGCCGGGAUUCACAAUGGAGACAGCGGCUUCAAAGCCUAUGGGAAAUCGUGUAGAUACGAAGGAACGAAUCUGCCUACGGGUGAGCAUGGAGUAAAGGCUGGCAAAUUUGUGUGUGAUGGAUAUCGGGAUGCUACUUGGUAUACUGGCAACGGCGAUGAGGGAACAUGCCAAUAUGGUUACACAGGAGUGUUCUCAGUCAUGUAUUGCGAAUGGUAG